AUGUUACUCUAUGAGGGCUACUUCUCCAUACUUUCGUUAUUAUUGAAUUUUCUCGCGCCUAUUGCUGUUCUCUUUUUUCGCUUUCUCCUUUAUGCUGUUGUUGUUAUUGCUGUUGUUAUUAUUAUUGCUGUUAUUGUUGUUGUUGUUGUUGUUGUUAUUGCUGUUAUUGUUAUUGCUGUUAUUGCUGUGGCUGUUAUUGUUAUUGCUGAGACUGUUAUUGUUAUUGCUGUUAUUGUUGUUAUUAUUAAUGACUUUAUUCUUCUGAACUAUUUCUCAUCUUUUAUCAUCAUAUAA